AUGAUUCAUCAGAUGGCACCAUGGGUGCCUCAAUUCACGCAAUCGCUGAAGAAUCAUUCGCAAUCGUUCACUCCGUUCUAUUUUGCUACCGUUGAUCCUUUGACCAACAAACCCAAAUGCAGAACCGUGAUCUUCAGGGAUUUCCUGUUCCACGAUAAACGCAGCAACGUGUUAACGUUCACGACGGAUUUGCGUGGAGACAAGGUCAAGGAGAUUCUUGCUGCUAACUCGGACACAGCGCCGUUCGAGGCGUGUUUCUACUUUCCCAGCACAUGGGAGCAGUACCGUUUUAGCGGGAAGUGUUUUGUCGUAUCACACCAGCAGGCACCACCCAUUUCUGCCAAGUACAACCAGCAGAACUCUGGGUUUAUCGAUUACCCGAUUUUAUCGCCCAGCAUUUAUGGAGGUGCCCAAAUACUUUACCAAGACGAGCAGGUUGACAAGAAUAGCGGCGGGGGGUCCAGCACAGAUUCCGAGCCAGAAGCAAAUUCUGCUGGGGACAUAAGUGCUGGCCACGAACCGCAGCACGCUACGUUGUCCCGCAGCUCUACACGCAGUUCAGGUGGUCUGGGAGUAACGAGCCAUGUCUUAGGACCGCAAGACUAUGCUCCACCGCUCGAUAAAGAGUGGGAACUGGAGUUGCGUCGCCAAUGGCGCGAGCUGUCACGUUCUACGAAAGCCCAAUUCCGUAAACCCGAUCCGGGCACUCCAGUGACGUCUGCGACCAGCCAACAGCUCGACAAGAUCCAACGUGGCGUGGAUGGGGCCAAGGAGGACACCGGUUUUGACAACUUUGGUGUCAUUUGUCUGUGCAUCGAGGAGGUGGACUUUUUGAAUUUGAAGGACGGACGUGGUGGUGAAAGAUGGAAAUUUCACCGCAAUAUCCACCCAGAAACAGGUUUCGAGUCCUGGAAUGAGGCGGAAGUUUGCCCUUAA